GUCAGGAUAAGCAGCAGUCGUGCAGUAUAUGAGGUAAACUUACAUGGAGCCAGUGGCACAGUGUCUGGGCCGAUUUGCGUGGAUAGCAUGAGAGUGAGGCAACGAGAACAAACGUCGUCCAUUCCAGGAAAAUCUUUGGUAAGAUGUUUGAAAGAAUAAGAGGCAACAGCGUAGUUGAUUUAAUAUAAACUUGAAGUACGAAUGAAUGUUGCAAAACUCAACAGAACAGGGUUUUCAAGAAAGUGCCAUUUUCGUUCAAAUGUAGCAUAACUGAAAGCAACUUGAGAGCUCCUCAGAGAAGAAGUAAGAAAACUGUCAGAGGUUUUGGGUUGAAACGUACUUUUGAAGCCUCCAAACUGUGAUUCUGUUGAAAGAAAAAUACCCCUAUUUCCUUACAUUUCUUUAAAUAAACCUCGUCACGUGUUGUGCUAUUUCGGCAUCAUUCAGCAACGUCUAUUCAAAACUUGCUUGUAACACACAUGUAAUCUGCAUAUCGCUAACUCUCACAUCUCAUUAAAGGCUUUCAGUUCAGAUGGACACUCAGCUCAAACGGCGAAAUCGUGUAGUUUUUUUAAGUCUGUCAGACGUACGGCCCCGUCAAUCAUACCCGAUCAGCGGCGUUCUCCCUGAAGCCAGUCAAAAGAGUGCCUUCCUUGAAUCUGUUUCAUUUGAACCUGGUCAUUUUUUCAGAAAGUCUUCUUAAACGGGAGGUACCAUUAGUUUAGAUAACUCUCUAAACUAUCUACAAUAGUACACUGAUUCAGAAAUUCUCCUUCAAUGGGAGGUAUCAUUAGUUUAGAUCACUCUCCACAAUAAUACACUGAUUCAUAAAGUCUUCUUUAAUGGGAGACAUCAUUAGUUUAGAUAGCUCUCUACAAUAGUAAACCGAUUCGUAACGCACAGGAACUUAUAAUGUAUACUCUUAUUUCAGAAUCCACGCAAAAAGAGCGAAACGAAGUUCAAAUUUACCAAGUUUCCGGUGCGCAAACAAGAA